CCACUAUCUGUCGGUUUUUCCAGUUUCCAUUCCCCAUCGAUGGCAAUUUAACGAAAUUUCCGUAAGUAACAACAAUGACUGAUUCUGACGGAGUGCCACCGCAGCCGGAGAAUCCGUUCGCUGGAAUGCACAUCGAUGACACGACAUUCCUGAAGGAUGUCGAAGGUAGAAGCUCUUGUACGGGUUGCGGAAAAUCGAGGAAGUUCUUUUGCUAUCACUGCUACGUUCCAGUAGCCGAGCUUCAGGGAAAGCUGUCCUUUGUCAAGCUACCGAUCAAAAUCGAUAUCAUCAAGCAUAAGAAUGAAAUCGACGGCAAGAGUACCGCAAUCCAUGCUGCGAUUCUCGCUCCGGAGGACGUAAAAAUAUACACCUAUCCCAACAUCCCAGACUAUAGGCAGGAGGAAGGUGCAGUAUUAAUUUUCCCAACACCAGAUGCCGAUACUGUUGCCAGUUUGUGCAGCGGAGAGCCACCAAAGGUCAAGGACAACUACGGACUUCCCAAGGGACAUCAUAUGGGCACAUUGCUUCGGUGUCGAUUGACAGACAUAGUUGCGGAGGUUUCAAAGAGUCACGAACUAGCGCAUCGAUUGCCUGUUCAAAAGGCUGUUUUUAUCGACAGCACCUGGAGCCAAUGCCGAGGGAUUUACAAGGACGAACGGGUCGCCUGCCUGAAGACGGUCGUUAUCCAGAACAGAAUCUCUCAGUUUUGGCGCCACCAGAAGAACAGUCCACGGUGGUUUCUGGCAACGGUGGAAGCAGUUCAUCAGUUUCUCAUAGAACUUCACAUCAAUGCCUACGGACUGGACUCGAGAUAUGAAGGGCUGAAGCAUUUGGGAUACUUAAAUUUUCCUCACGAUAAAGUUGUGCAAUUCGAUCAUCUGAUGGAAGGAAAACCGGCACCGUACAACGGCCAGUAUGAUAAUCUGUUGUUCUUUUUCCUACACAUGUACAAUUUGAUACAUGACUACUACGAACAUCAUACGCUCAGAGCGUAUCGGAGACCACUGUUCCUUGAGGAUAAAUACCAACAAAAACAGAAGCAACAGCAAGAGCAACAAGCAGACACCUGAAGAAUAAUCUUCUUGAGCUACUGGAAGAAUAAAACGCGAUUAUG